CAAACAAGCAAAUAUGGCCGCAAGGAUAAGGCGAAGGGAACAGUGAGGUUAGUUUCUGUCUUUCUGCGCUUUCGAUCGCGUGAUUAUACACAAUAUUUGCUUAUAUUAUAAUUUAAAAAAGAUGUAGAAUUUUUUUAGGGAUCCAUUAUCCUCUAGCUUUUCGUACCAAACAUAUAUUUGUGCUGUCGAGAUGCACGAAAUUGUUUUACGAAAUAACUCGCGUAGAUUUUUUAUUUUUAGAAGGUUUGUUUCAUACCAUACAAUAUAUAUUUUGACGCAGUAAUCUCAGGAAAAUUUCUAUAACAUUAAAUAAAAGUUUAUCCGUUUGUACUUCACGGUAUAUCACCAUACAUUAAGCUCAUACCCUUGUGACGUUCAAUGAAUUUCCCCUGAAAUUUUCCUUAAUUAAUGUUACGAAGAAUUUACUAGACAGCUUUGGACUGUUCGAGUAUCGAUUUGAUGUCUAUCACAAACCUUUGGCCUUAUAGUGCUACAGAAUAUUCAAGAUACAAAAAUUAUCGGAUUCCAUUUAGGUAUUGAUUAUGAUUAUUUUUUCCAGUAUCUGGGAAAUUUGCCAUGGUGUUUUUUCGUAUCUACAAUUCGUAACUUUUGAUACCUUUUAGUUUUUCGUCGCAAUUUUCCCUUGAUUUCUGAGGGUAGAUUACCUUUGUGUGCAUGGUUUAGUGAAAGAAUAUGUUCUGAUGUAUGUUAAAGGAUUCAAGUACUCAACCAUUUUUAAUGAAAAUUUACAUGACUCAGCAUUACUGUUUUUGUUGUGUCAUCACACUGAUAUAACAACGAACAGUUCGAGAUCUGUAAAACUUAACAUGUGAUUCCAAAGGUUAACUGAAAAUUGCAGACAGUUAAGCAAAUUGUGUUUUCAUUAAUUACAUAAAGCCAGAGCACUAUAGAUGCAUAUGAUGUGUGUCAAAUGUUCCAUACAUUGCCUUAGGAAAUCUUCAUUAGGAAGUGGUAAAUCAGGAUACAAUGUACUUCAUUUCUAUUUUUCAUCAGAAUAAAUCACUAACCUUCACAAAUGCUGCAAUAUGAUUUGUAAUAUCACAGGCUAUCUAUUCUGUGAUAGAGCAGUUAGUAACAAAAUAAAAUAAAAGUGUGGGCAUGUAUUGUUGUUAACCCUUUAACUCUCAAGAUCUCAUUAAUAAUUCUCCUUACUGUCUGUCAUAUAGUUCUUGUGAUGUUAGUUUGGAGAAUUUGACAUUGAAUCAACAAAUAAUCCCCUAAUUGAUAUUUUUCUUUUUUCUUGUCACUUGUCUGCUUGAUAGUGUAUUAUGUUAUUGUAAGGAGAAAUUCUGUCUUUGUCACUCAUGGGAGUUAAAGGGUUAAGUUCAGAAAGACUUAUAGAUUUAAGCUACAACAAUGAGAUUAUUUGCCCUUGAUUUCUGUGGGUGUUAGCUGAUUUUUGCUCUUCCCACAUCAACUAUUAUGUAAUAGAAAUCUCAAGGGCACCAUCUAAUUUUUACUUAUUUGAACACUCAAUUCUUUCAGCACCCCCAUAUAGCACUUAACUUUGUGCUCCAGUAGUCAUGGGUCAGAGGUACACACUAUUCUUCACAGCACGUGAAGGCCGCGAAGAUGACUUGCGGUGGGCCCUCCAUGACAGGAAGAUCUCCCCGGACCUGAGAGACCCAGACACAAAACAGACAGCUCUUCAUCUAGCUGCUGCCAAGGGUCGUGUGGGUUGUGUGAAGCUGCUUGUGGAUGCUGGUAAGUACUUUCAGGAAAAUCCUCAAGUUACCAUCUCACCUCCUUUAGUGAUCAGAGUAGUAAUUCACUUUAUAAUUUUGAUACACUGCCAUGCAAACAGGUAACAAGAUUAUUAAAUUUAUGAAACAAGGAGAUAUUCCAUGGUUAGAACACUAGUUUCUUAGGACUGUCUGUGUUCAAUAGCUGGGAGAUACAGUAGCUUAAAGACCUUGAAAGUGAAAGGAUCAGAGGCAACUCUCUUAGAGAGGUCAAGUUGUUGAUUAUUUAGAGUUGUUGAUUAGUUAGCUUAUUACCUUGGGAAAAUAAAGAAUAUUUGUGCUAUGUGCCACUUAUUUCUCUAGAGAGAUUUUUAAAUGUAAGUAGAAAAUUAUGAGAAAUUGGUCUUUGUUUGUAGGCAGGUACAAAAAAAAAAUCUUCAAAAAAUGAUCUCCCAUAAAACCACCAGAGUAGCUACAUGGCAGAAAUAACUUACACAUAAAAAAUCUUUAGAAUAUGACUAACACACAGGACUCUAUUCAUACAUGUGAUAAUUGUACAUGUCACUUCACCUGAUAACAAGCUUAAACUACCACGAAUGACCAACACAGAAUUUCUCUGCACAAUAUCAAUACAAUAUCAAAUAGACAAGUGAAAAGAAUGAAGAAUGAUAUAAAUCAGGAGAUUGGUAUUUGAUUCAAUACCAAAUUCUCCGAUCUAACUUCAUUAGAAUUGUUGGGCAGACAGUAUGGAGAAUUACUAAUGAGAUCUUGGGAGUAAGAAUGUUUGACCGAGCACACCAAUCUCUUUAUUUUUACACCUGUUCAGCCAUCUUUUAACAUGGGAAGAGGAGAUAUGGUAUUACAAUAAUUCUGUGGAAGUACCUAUUUCAACCCAAAAAAAACCUUAGCCAUUCUUUGAGGAAGUAUUAUCUUAUGUUAUUGAUUAAAGUAUUGUUUAUAACUAUUUAUAAAUUGUCAAUGGUCCUAAAUUAUGUUUUAACUAUUUCUCCAACUCAAAAAUUGGCAGGAGCAAAACGAAAUGUACAAGAAAAAGAUGGUCUUACUCCGCUGCAUCUGGCUGUUUAUCAUGGCUAUGUCAAAUGUGUGAGUCUACUGAUAGAUCAUGGGGCAGAUGUGAACUGUACAUCAAGGUAAUUUGCUUCUGAUAAAUAUUAAUGAUACAAUUUUGAGCACAGUAAGGUGGCUUAUCGUGUAGGAAAACUGACAAAAGAUUGAAAAAGACUUGUAACUGUGGAAGAAGUUUAGUAUUUGGAAUAAAAAACUCCAUUAAUUGCCCUCCAGUAGUAUGUCUGUCUAUCUUUCUGAUUGUCUCCAUCUGUUUUUCUGUCUGUCCAUCUGUUGGUCAGUCCAUUGAUCAGUCAGCAGUCAGGUGGUUAGCCAGUUGGUCAUUUGGUCACAGUAAAAGAAAAACUAAGAGAAGAAAAUGCAAAUAAACAAUCUUAUUAACCAACAAACAAAAAAGCAGGAAGAACAGACAAUAUUGAUAAGUCAGUCAUGUAGGAACAUGUCUCAAGUGUCUCACUUGUUAUAUAUCUGUGGCCAGGUUUGGUAGCACCCCCUUACAUCAAGCGGCAUAUUUUGGACACUGUGAUUGCGCGGCUGUGCUGCUGGCUGGUGGUGCUUUGGUUAAUGUGGAAGAAGCAUGGGGUCAGACGCCCUUAUUUCUAGCAGCGCAAAGAGCUCAUAGGUUAGUUCUUUAUAUUCUAAACAAGGUACAUUUUUAGCUUGAAUCUCUUGAUUGUAUAUCUAUCCCAGAGAAUAUUAAAUCUCUCCAAAGGUUUGUUUUUAUUAAAAGUUACAACACCCACAUGUGUAUGAAAAGGAAAGUCUCAGAAAGACGUGAAAACAACAAGUAGUUCACCUUGUUGUUUUGUUGUCCAAUAACAGAUCAUGUAACUGAUCUCUGGAGAUUUUUUCUUGGAAAUUGAUCAUAUUCAUGUUUGUAUGACUCUAGAAUAGAAAGCAUGAAAUGUCUGCAGGAUAUCAACUGAACUGUAAGGGGCAAUUAGCCAAUGUCACAUUAUUAAAAAUUUACAUAUCAAGCUGAAAGACAUUUAACUUCACUACUUCUUUGUUGAAAAACAAAGAAAUAAAUAGUUAUGCUAAGAAAAUUUAGUACUAAGCUAAAGCAUGGUUUUCAAGGAGUUGGGUAUUUAGACCAAACGCACUUUAAGAGGUGUUCAAUUUUUUUUUCUUUUUGUUUUCUAGUGACGUUGUAAGGCUUCUGUUAGAGUAUGGAGCAUGUGUAAACCAAAGAGAUAAAGCUCAUUACAAGACAGCCUUACACGUGGCGUGUGAAGCUCAGAAUGUCGCUUGUGUCCAGUAUUUACUUGACGCUGGGGCAGAUCCCAAUGUCCAGGCUGAGAGUGGCCUGACUCCUCUGCAUAUUGGUAUGUAGAUCCUUGAAACGUCAUCAGACACUAAAUUGUUGCAUAAUAUAUAUAUUUUUCCAUUUUAAGCAAGUAGAGCCUUAAAUGUUUCGAUCAUAUGUAAAUUACGUCGGCCUCGGUGGAUAUACCGACUCAUACGCUCUGAUGAAGAGCUAACACCAGAAAUAUCAGCUCUAGAAACUCUUAACGGUGGCAAAUUUACAUUGUCAACUCAGUUGAUAAAAACCAAGCUAUCGGCCAUUAGUCGGUCAAAUGUCGGGUUAGUGGUCGGCCGAGAGUCGGUCAAUAGUCGGUUAAUAGUUGACAAAGACUCGAUCUAUAGUCGGUCGAGCUCCAAACGACUUUAUAACCUGUCCACAUCUUGACCGAGAAUUGGCUAACUAUCGGACAAGUGUCGGUAAACCAUCGGCCGAGUAUGGACAGCUAUAAACUGGCCACUGGCUGUACGAAAACCGUCUUAAUGAACUUUUCCAUGGUGUAAAAUUCAUGAAAAGCAGAGUAAAGCUUUAGAAACAUUCGAACGGGAAAGAACUUCUAAGUGUGUUCACACUCUUUGCUUUACAGCCCUGAGAGGGGAGGAGUCGGGACCAUUGUCACACCUUUUGAUAGAGUAUGGCGCUCGAAGUGACGUUGUAGAUGACAGCGGUAAUUCAGCGGAGACUCUCGUCCAAUCACUGCUGACUCGUUACGGGAAUGGUCCAAAUAUGGAAACAGUUUUAUCAUAUCAGCAACUUUUGGAAUUAUUUUGGGAAAGCCACGGUGAGUUUUCGAAUGGUUCAUUUCCUUUGUUUUUAGCGGGAAUAUUUGUCGUUACGUUGAGGUUUAUCCACUCAGGGCUUUCAGGUGUAAGUGACGAAUGCAAAACCAUUGCGCGUUUUCUUUUUUCGAAAAUUUUUAUCUUGAUCCAAGAUUAUCCCGUGCUUUUAUUAGGUUGAAAUAAUUUCAUGCGGUUUUCAUGAUUGUACCAACCAUCCUCAGUGACAAGCCUACAGGGUAAACACAGUGGUCAAACGUCAGGCAUGCGCGUGGUGAUCAAUUUUGGCAGCCCGCGCGCCAAUUUCCCGCGCAAAAUUUCAAAGGAAAAUAUAAGAAACAGCCGCUGUCUCGCAAGUUAAGCAUAAGAUUUCUGAAACGUUUAUAGAAAUCUGAAAAAGGAAACAGAAGAAGGGAAAAGGAAUAUUCGACACUUUUCGAUUGCAAAGCUUAUUCUAGUACGGCUAUCCUGCUGAUUUACCACUCUGUGCUUUACCAAAAAGGUAACACACUUUUAUAACACCAUGACUUACUGCCUUGUAUUGUCGUUUACUUGUGUGAGAAAACUUGGUUCUGACAUCUUGAAAGCACGCUACCUACUCAUCACAUCUACAUCCGCAGACGUUUGAACGCGGUGUUCCUACGCUACUUAAAUUUUUCCCACCUUUGUGCUUUUUAGUUUCUCUAGAUACGCAAAUAACACGAUUUUCCCGCGAUAGAUGCCGAUUGCCUGCCACAGAUACCCGAUUUUAUCGCCUUUUUCGCUGUCGGCAUAAUUUUCGCGCGCCCUCGUCACCGAAGUCACCUAAAGUUCUCAUUGGAUCAACACUUUCUUUAACACAGAGAUUUUUACUUUCACGAGUUCAUCCUAACUCUUCAUUUAGUUUGGUUGAUCAAUUUUUAAUUUUCAUUUGCAGGAAAACCCAUAAGUCUGAAACGCCUUUGUCGUCUUUCCAUCCGCAAGUUGCUGUCUCCCUGUAGUAUUGAUAUUAUCAAUUCUCUGAACAUUCCUUCCUGCCUCAAAUUGUACAUUUUAAACGUUGUUCAGAGCAAGAAUGUGGACACUAUGAUGUCAAAUUAAUUUCCAAUUUGUACAGUCAUAAUUUAUUACUGAUGGGUGUGCAGUAAGGAAUAAACAUCCUCACUUAGUUGACUUCAAGCGCUAUACUCCCCAGUUUUCCUCUUGGAAAACGAUCUUAGAGUUUUAUUGUUAAUAAGACACUAUUUCUUUCUAUCUUUUUUUUAGAAUACCUGUAUUAGUUAUCGAUAGAUUUUAUCCCCACGAAAAGUAUACAUGGUCAAUUUUGCGGUGAAAAACAAUUUUUGGUUUGCGUGUUAGAACUUUCACCUCUAGUAACUUGGUGAAAAUUCUCCUUACAGUCUGCCAUUCAUUUUCUGCAAAGUUUGUUCUAAGAAUUUGGUAUUGGAUCAACUAUUCAUCCCAUUAUUGAUAAUUUUCUUUAUUCUCAUCACUUGGCUGCUUGACGUUGUUUUGAUAUUGUAAGGAGAAAUUCUGUCUUGGUUACUUCCAGGAAAUGAAAGGCGUAAUAGAGAAAAUUCCUAUCUGUCUCUCUCGUGUGUAGCACGUGAUUAACCAUAAAUUUGUAAAAAUUAAAACAUUGUUCACGAUAAUAUAUGUUUGAUUUUAAUGCAUUCAUCUGAAAGAAAUGUUAACAAUGUGAUGUGUUUAAUGGGUCCUUUUUAACUCGUGAAUUGCGCGCAUGCGCAUGCGAGUUAUAGAUACGAUGUGGGGAAU